AUGCGCAGCCGAGUGCUCCGGCGCGCAAUGUACCUGCACCAUCUCUUGACUCUCCGCUGUCCGAUGCACACCUCAAACGGCCCAUUUCAACCUCAGACCUCUGGUGAUGAAAUCCAGACUGCUUGCCCCGUCCGAUCAUCAGACUCUCCAUUCUUUGUGCCACCCAAAUCCGCAGCCGGCCCCCCUCAAGCGCCUGCAGCUCCAGAGAAACAACAGUCUACACUAUCUAAGCUCAACCCGUUGAACUACAUGUUCGCGUCAAUCUCGCAAGAACGGGCGCCAAAUCAGACUCUGGAUCUCCCCGUGGACCGCGAGCUCUCCACCAUACCCAGAGGCGAUUCGGAAGGGAACUGGGAGUACCCAUCUCCGCAGCAAAUGUACAACGCCAUGCUGCGUAAGGGCUAUACAGAUACCCCGCAGGAUGCUGUGGAGGCUAUGGUUGCUGUUCACAACUUCUUGAAUGAGGGCGCCUGGAAUGAGAUUGUUGGAUGGGAGCGCGUCUUCUCUAGAGGUCUGUUGAAUGGCUGGGGAAAGUGCCGACGCGGCGAAGAGAACCUUGCAAUGGAACUGGCAAAGGAGGAAUAUUCUGAACAAAACGGGACUGCCCCUGCUACACCACCACCACGUCUUUUGAGGUUCCAAGGCCGGCCACAGGAACUGACGCCAAAGGCGCAGAUUCUCCAGGCAUUGGGUCGGCUGUAUCCGGCGAAAUUCGGAACCAAACCGCCAUUCGACCGACAUGAUUGGUAUGUGAUGCGCGAGACGCCAUCAGGUCCCAAGGAAGUCCGAUACGUAAUCGAUUACUACUCUGGUCCUCCAGAACCAACUGGCGAGCCCGUCUUCUACCUCGAUAUCCGGCCCGCCUUGGAUUCCCCUACCGCUGCCGUCGAGCGCUUAAUGAGAUGGGGUGGAGAUGUAUGGUGGCGCGCCAGCGGGGGUGAUGUCCGAAACCAAAACCAAAACUGA